CACAGGUCCCACGGGGAGCUGGCCCCCAGCACCAUGGACAACCACAGCGUCGUCAGGGAGUUUGAACUGCUAGGCUUCUCCCAUCUGCACGGGUUCCAGGCUGCGCUGUUUGCAUUCAUUCUGCCCAUCUACGUACUGACUCUGGUGGGGAACCUGGCCAUCGUCAUGCUGACCUGCCUAGAUUCCCGCCUGCACUCGCCCAUGUACUUCUUCCUGAGCAACUUCUCCCUCCUGGAGGUGCUGGUCACCUCCACCGUGGUGCCCCGGAUGCUGGCCGACCUGCUGACCGCCCGCAAGACCAUGACUCUGGCCGAAUGUCUGACCCAGUCCUUCUUCUACUUCUCCCUGGGCAGCACCAACUUCCUGAUCCUCACGGUCAUGGCCUUUGACCGCUACGUGGCCAUCUGCCGCCCCCUGCACUAUACCACCAUCAUGAACGGCCCGGUCUGUGUCAAGUCGGUGGUGGCCUGCUGGGGGGUGGGCUUCCUCUCCAUUGUCUUGCCCACCCUACAGAAGACACGGCUCUGGUUCUGCGGGCCCAACGUCAUUGACCACUACUUCUGUGACUCAGCCCCGCUGCUCCGGCUGUCCUGCUCGGACACCCGCCACAUUGAGCGCAUGGACUUCUUCCUGUCGCUGCUGUUUGUGCUGGCCACAGUGCUGCUUAUCCUGGCCUCCUAUGGCUUCAUCGUGGCCGCCGUGCUGCGCAUCCCGUCGGCCUCCGGGCGGCAGAAGGCCUUCUCCACCUGCGCCUCGCACCUCACCGUGGUCGUGCUGGGCUACGGCAGCACCAUCUUCAUCUACGUGCGGCCCAGCAAGGGCCACACCGCGCACCUCAACAAGGUGGUGGCUCUGAUGACGGCCGUGGUCACCCCCUUCCUCAACCCCUUCAUCUUCACCUUCCGGAACGAGAAGGUCAAGCAGGUCAUCAACGACCUGGCCAAACGGCUCCUAGUUAGCAACCAGGCAGCUGGCAGGUGA